GCACAGGUCCAUAAUCAUCAGGGUUACUAACCCUAGAGCCGGACUAUUCUAUCACAGACUCACGAACACCCAUCUACCAUGGCGAGACUUCGAAGCGCACGUUCAGUGAGCAGGAAAAGCACUCCUCUCUCGCCCCCAAAACCGCGACCAUCUACCGUCACUGCCGAGGCGUCUCAAACCCCACGCCCGACACGACCACGAAGCCGCGAGGUCACAGCGGCACAACAGCAGCUACAAAAUAUCGACCUGGUGCUGGAGCCUGUGGGCGAGGAAGUGGAACUUCAUCAGGAAAUAGCUGAGGACCUUGAGUCCAUCGACCUCCCCUCAUCUUCAGGAGGGGCCUCGUACCUCGAAGCCGAGCUAGAUGUUCUAGAUCGAGAUGCCAUCGUCGACAGCCUUGUGGACCUUUUUUACGAUUCGGCAAAACUGCUGUUACUCUUCGAGGGCCUGGAUGAUGACACUCUGCGCAGUCAAUGCGAUAAAUUAUGGCAGCCAGAGUCUUCGCAACGACGGAGAUUUCAAACUCGAAUUAAGCGUCUCCUGGACACCCGCAAGGCAUUCGGCACCCACGACUACAUUGUCCCAGAUCUCAUCGCACUGAAGAUUGCCAAUCGACUCGAAUACGAGAGCCUGCCCGAGAGCGCGUUGCGUCCGCUACUCGUGAUUUAUAUCGCGAAUCUAGCCUUGGGAAUCGGACACGUCUUCAGUUCCUCGCCCGAGGAUCGAACCAUAUACCCCGAAUACAUGACCAUCAAUUUUCCCAUGCCCGUUGCCGGUACUCAUCAUUACCCUCUCCACCCUGACCUGGUCGCAGAUGCUGUUGAUUUGAGCAUUGAUGUUCUUACUCAAUUUUACAUUCAACAAGCCGCCGAAAAGCAGUCAGACGCAUCAUUCGACCCGGAUGUACUAGCUAGUCAGGUUUUCUGGGAUGACGAUGAUCAGAUUCGAGGAUAUCAGCAUGAGACUACACAGCAGAAGAUCAUCCAUCGUGUGCAGGUGAUAAGGAAGCACUUCAGGACAGAUCCGCAAAAGCCUCUUGAUCUGGAAGGCCUCAAGCAGCAAUUCUCGUGGUCGGACUUUGCCGUCAAGGUUUUGAAGUGGUCAUUAGCUCGCAAAGCACACAUAGACGCUCUGAUCAGAGCGAAAGGUGGUGUCGACAUGAUAAGUGAGGCCAUCAUUUCCGGAGCCGAGUUGGACGAGACCCCAAAGCCAACAAAAACCCAUCAAGAACGGGAAGACGAGCCCCAUCGUCGUGACACUGUUGUAGCGACAACAGAAAAGACGCCUCCGCUCACAAUGACUAGAUUACAAGGCCCACCAACGACAAAGGCACUUCGAGCCGAAUCAAGCAGACUCAGAGACCUUAGGGCGAGACUUGCCGCUAGCCGGUCUGCUAUCGGCGCUGAUCCGAUAGAUAUCAGCUCACGGGAGGCGAGCAGUGAAGUUCAGCUAACACCCCAACGAGUGAUUCCACAAUCACCGACGCCAGCAGCGGAGAGUGAGCCAGCAGCAGACGAUGACAAUGAAGUUGAGCAACCACUAGUUGACGCCGAGGAAGAAGGAGCACAAUUCGCAGGUGACGAAGAUGUUGAACAGCCAGCCCUUGAAGAUGCAGGCGAAGAGCCGCGAGAAUCUGAACCUCCUUCCGAGUCCAUUGAAGAAGAGAUCCUGCAAACCCAACAAAGCCGAAUUAUAAUGGCAACGCUUGAACGACAACAACAACAGAGCGAAAAGGAGAAUAUAAUCCACGACCGAACGGAUGCAGCACCCGCAAAGAAACGUUCGCUUCUAGACCGCCAACCCAAUGCAGAAAAGGUCCCAUGGAGCGAACCUGCCGACGACGAAGCUACUCCUCGUCCAGCUGAGGCCCGCAAACGUCAAAGACCUGCUGAAUCGGAAGAGUCGGAAGAAGACGACGAAUUCGAAACCGAUGCCAGAUCGCCCAAGAAGCCUCGCAUCGCCGCCGAAUCCAGCAGACGCCACCUUCCCUGGCACAGUACUCCUGAGGCAUCGGCCAUUGAGGACGACACGGCGGCUCAGGGUCACCGUGACCGCGCUUCUCAAUCCCGUCGCCAACGCACUCGCUCGCCAGAACAGCGUCCGCGCAUCAGCUCCAAACUCCCAUCAGCCUCUCAACCCGCCCCCGCCCGCACAAGCACCCAACAUUCGCGCCCGAAAGACAAAGACCGAGCCCCUCUUCGCCCUGUGGCCGACCACACCCGGCCCCCUCCCUCCACCGCACCGGCCCGCUCACGGCCUCGCGAAGCCACCACCACCCACUCCCCUCCUCGCCGCGGUACAUCACCCCUUAUCCCGGAUCUGAAGGCCGUCAACGCCGAAGCCAAACGCAACACGCAAAUCUCUCGGGAACUCCUUCGCGGCGGCUCUGCCAUACAAGUCCGCAAGCCUUAUACGGAAGCUGAAGUCCACCGUCUCAUGGAGCUCGUCGAGUUGCUGGGUCCGAAGUGGUCGGCCAUACUGCAAGAGGACAUGGCACAUGUCGAUGGCCCCUUGCUCCAAUCACGCGAUCAGGUAGGGCUCAAAGAUAAGGCGCGGAAUAUCAAGCUGGAUUUUCUGAAAGCACGACGCCGUCUCCCCCCUGGCUUUGAGAGAGUGAGUAUCGGCAACCGAAUGCUGAAUAAACUACGCGAAUUGGGAAUCGAUUACGUCGAAGGCCGUUUCCAGGCGCAGGAUCUGCAGGACGAUGAUGUUGAGGACUGACUGAAAGUCUGAAAGGUGUAUUGUCGAUUAGGACGAUGUGGAGGACUGACUGAAAACUUCGAAAAGGUGCAUUGUCGAGCAGGACGAUGACGUUGAGGACUGAAAUUUGAAAAGUACAUCGUUGUCAGAAGCAGCACCUGCUGUCGAAGCGGUCCAGAGCUGAUGGGUGUAUGUCGAGGGGACACUCCUAAUCAUUCAGCACAACGGAGGAUAACCCCAUCAGGCGCGCCGAAUGCUUCUUUGUUCACGGAGUUACAAUAGUCCUGAUCGGGGGUUUUCAGUUGCAGGUUAUCGUCUUGGAUAUUCGUCU